GUGCGAAUCGAUUCAUCGUUCUCGAAACGUCCAUCUCGUUUUUUUGUUUGAUCAACAACCUGUUGAUUUAUAUUGUGGUAGGGUGUAUUAUCUUUUAUUUGUUAUGUUUAUUGCAUUGACGAUCCUAUAAAUUCUUUUAUAAAUUUAUAAAAAAUGGAUAAUACCGAGAAUGUACCGAAGUAUAAGUGGACGCCUGAAAGCACAUCUUUGCUGGUUUCUAUAUGGUCGGACAACCAGGUACAAAAACAAUUUGAAUAUGCUACAAAAACAAAACUUAUAUGGGAGAGUGUAGCCAGAUACAUGAAAAAAAAAGGAUAUAAUGUAUCAGCAAAUCAAUGUCGUUCAAGAAUGAAACAAGUAUUAAUAUGUUAUCGUGAAGCAAAAAAAGCAGGUACUCGUGCUGAUGUAGAACAAUAUUAUGAGUUGAUUGACAAAGUUUCCAAAAGCAAACGUUUAGAGAAUAAUAUUGAUAAUGGAAUUGAUACAGUGGAUAUUGCAACAAAUAUAAAAUCUCUUUCGAAGGAUGUAAAAUCAUCUAAAAACCUACAAAUGCGGCAUAAGUUUCAAGAACCAGUACAAUCUUUUCUUCGCACAGAAGCUCUCUCUCCAACAUGGACAAUUGGCCGUGAAUAUGAAUACCCUGAUUCUCCAGAAUCAAAUGAAACUAUCAUAGCUCGUCCCUAUGGUGUCCUUUCUCCUACAAGAGAUGUUGCUGUUAAUACUUGUAUGCAAGAAAGAAAAACGAAGGAUCAAUGUAUUUCUGCUCCUAUAGAAGAGCCAAUCCGUGAAGAAUGUAGACAAAACAUAUUUUCUAAUUAUCCAUCUGGAGAUAUCCCAUAUCAAAAUAGUGUACAGAAUGUACAAAAUCAAAUAAUACAAGAAAAUAUGCAACAAAAUCAGAAUUUCCUACAAAACCAUAUAUGGAAUCAAAUGCAGCAACAAAAUAUGUUUAUUCCUGGUUUAGGUUUUCAAAAUAAUAUAAAUCAGGAAAGAAUGCCAUAUUUUAUUAAUGACACAACACAAACUGCUACUUUACCUAUUAUGAAUCCUAAUAUUUUAAGGCAACAUAACCAGUUACAUCAAACUACAAUGGCAAAUAAUAGAGCAAUGCCACAAGAACCACAAAAAAUUAUUUAUGGACAAAAUGUAGCAUCAGGUACCUCCAGACGUUAUCAAGAUACUGUUCCAACAUCUGCUACAGUAGAUGCAAAACAAUAUGAAUCUCCCAAUUAUUCAUUAGAUGUAACGCCAAAUUUAAAUGUAGCUUUUUGUCAAACAGAAAACGAAACAAAAUUACAUAAUUUAAAUGAGACAUAUAAUCGUUCAUUACAAAUAGAUAAUUUUACUCAAGCAAAUCCUGAAGUUUCAGUAGUAACAAAUAAUGCAACUUGUAAUGAUGAUAGUCUUUUAUUGGAUCACUCAAUAGACUCUCUUAAUCAAUUGGAAAAUGAUAAUAAAUUAAAAGAUACAGCUGUAAAUACAGAGAAUAUACCAAACAUUCCACUGAGAAAAAAGAAGGCGCAAAAGCUGGAGCAACUUGUAUUUAGUGCAAUUAAUUCUCAAAAUGAUGUUGUUAAUAAGAUACUUGCAGCGCAAAAUGAUAUGGUAUCUAAAUUUUUAGACAUAGAUAGAGAUCGACAAAGUAGAUUAGAAAGUCGUUUAGAUCAUUUAUUAAAUGUUGUUCAUGCUAAAGUUCUUAAUAAGAAUGCAGACGAAGAACAACAAAAUCAACCAUCUUCUGAAGAACCAGCUAUAAUGUGUUUAGACCCACCACCAAAACCAGGAGUGGUUCCUCCAAAAUUGGAUUUAGUUCCUCCAAAACCAUGUCGUGUACCUUGUACAAUACCAAACUCUAAUAUAGAGUUAAUCAAUAAGAAUCCUAUAUUGACAAGACCUGGUAUCGUUUCACCAAUUACCAGUCCAUCAAAAAAACCAGGCACGAUUUGGUCGAAAUUGGGACCUGUAUCGCAAUCUCCAUUUGUUAAAGCUCAACAAAGAUUGGGACUACAACCUGUAUUUAAUGCAGAAACACGAACACAAUCUUCGGCAGAGAGACGUAUUGCUAAGGAAGUUGGAAACAUGAAAUUUGAUUUAGAGACAUUGAUAGUUGAAACGACUAAAUUUUUAGAAGUAGAAAGACAAAUUGAAGAGAAAGUUGAGAAUGCAAGACUUCAGCAAAGUAUAGGACAAAGUUUAAAUGCACGGAGAAAAUUAUUUACACAAAGAGAGCCUACAGCAGCAAUGAUACUCACAACUGCUUUCUUAGAAGCAGAACGACAAAAGUCAGAACCAUUUAUAAGUCGUUUUAACUCUGCAAAUUCAAAUAAAAGCAACUUUAAAAAAAUAAUAGAUGAUAAUUUACUUGCUGGCCAAGGUGAACAUUACGAAUAUUUACGACAAUUGAAUCAAUCAAAUGUUCAUCCAUGUUACAUACCAUGUGAUACAUCUACCCCAGCUAAAUUAGUAACACAUACUACAAAUUCAGAAGAGCCUCAUAAAGUAGUACCCAAACAGACAAUUCAACAAUUAGCUCAACUUGUAAUGAACAGCGCAAGAUGGAGGAAUCUUCCUGCUCAGAGUGAACAAUUUAUGGAACAAGAAAGAAAGAAUGCUUAUACUGCUCCGAAAGCAAAUGUUCAGUUAUCUUCAGAAAUGAAGGAAGAAAAGCAAGAUGUUCGUAGAGGAUUUCCAUAUGAUCAUAACAAAAUAUAUUCUGCUGAAUCAGUAAGUGAAGAGCCGAAUAUAUACAAGUCUUCAUUACAUACUGAACCAGCAUCACAAAAAUCUGUCUUUCCUAUGGGUUUUACUACUACUAUAUUAAAUAAAGAAAUAUCAAAAGAUAAGGCUAAUGAGAUAGUAAAAGAUACUAAAUCCAUAGAAUUUCUUGAUAAUAUAAUCGAUCGUAAACAGCAAAAUGUGCGUUUUAUGGACGAGGCUUUAGCAGAACUUCAAAGAAUGUACAUUGAACAAAAUAAUAACGGACUAAAGAAAACAACUGAAAUUUCACCAUUUUCAACAAACAAUGGUAAUGCCAAUGGCUACAAUCAAAAUAUGAUCGAACGGUAUAUACGUGAAAUAAUACCAAGAAAACAAUUUGGAAAUGUUAAAGAUAAAGAGAUCGAUUCGGAUGAGGAUGAAUUUUUAGAUACUACAGGAAGCAUGCCUCCAAUAAUUAAACGUAGAGAAUCUUUAACUUCAACAGGUACAACUUCGACAGAGACUGCUCAUUCAAUGAAAACAAACAAGCUAACUCCUGCACAUUGUACAAUUAGUUAACUCUGAUAAAAAUACUUCGUAUUGUUAUUUUUUACAAUUUGAUUUUAUAUUACAGUAAGUUAUGAUGUUUGCUAAUUUUUCUUUAUAAAUUGAAUCAUUGAAUUUAACAUAGAUAUUUUUAGAUAUUAACUCAUAGAUUUGUUAUCUAUUUUAAAAGAAUUAUUUUGAAAGUUGAUCAUGCUUAAAUAAUUAAAAUUAAUAAUAAAAGUGCCUUAUUAAUUUUUAAGCAAACACCAGUGCAAUAGAAUAUUGCAUUGUUAUGAUUGAAAGUAUAAUUCUUGUUUAUAUAAAAUACAAAUGUCUACUUUCAUUUUCCAAUUUACAAUUAGAUGCAUAAAAAUUAAAGACGUAUGUUUUGUUAAAUAUUUUUUCAUUGUGUUUAUUGUCAAAAUCAUUCAUAUAUUUUGUUAAUAUAGUGCAUUGAUUAUUACAUUUAUGUUAAAUUUUAUGUAACUAUGUGAGAUUUAUCAAUGUGAAAUUGAGUAAACAAAAACUACAUAGUUGCAGAUUCAGUUAUAAGUAUAAAAUUGUAUUUUUUAUAAAUAAAAAGUAAAAUUAAAGUGGCUUAGUAUUAAUUAAUUAAUAUAAGCUAAAUUUUGUGUUUGCUAACUAUGAAGUAGUUAAUAUAACAAUACUUAAUUUAUCGUACCAAAUAUAAAAAUUUUGUAUUUCUAUGUAUAUGUAACUGUAUCGUUUUCUUCUAUCAAUAAAUCUUAUAAUUUACAACAAA